UUUUUCAACGUCGAAGCUCUUGCGUCACGGCGCGCCGGCGUUCUAAACGGCUUCGUGCGUCACAUCCGUUUUCCUUCGGCCGGGAGGAGAAGAUGAUUCCCCCAGUGGAGGUUUCUCCGCUCAUCAAGCUCUGCAGAUACUCAGCUCUGCUGUUGGGAAUCAUUUAUGGAGCAAGAAGAUAUGCUUAUUUAAAGCCUAUUGCUGCGGAGGAUAGGAGAUUAGAAGCAGAGGAAAAAGCAAGACAGGAGGAAUUGAAAAGAAUUGCAAAAGCAUUGGAAGAAGCUCAAGAAUCAAUCCUGAAAUAAACUUCCUUGGUCCACAUCUUUGAAAUGUUGAAGUAGAUAAUUCUAAACAUCUAAAAUACAUUUAUUUACACCAAUAAACAGACAUUCACAACAAUGUUGACUUCCUUAGUAUGCAUAGUGCUAAUUAAAAAAGAAAUGACAAAAUGAAA